UACUGUACAUAUUAUUUUUAUACCCAAAAGCUAUGCACUUGUACAGGGAGCGCAUAACACAACACUAAAAUAUGGACAAGAACAUUCCCUUAAAGAGCGAUCUUUUUUUGAACUCGAUUCGCAAUUUUCCAUCCCCGAAAAAAAUCCUUUGUUUGCUUGGAUUAUAACCAAUUUCACACAGGCACAAGAAAAUUACAUCGUAGAGCGACUGAUGUACAUAAACUCUGUGACCUGCAUCACAUGGAUACGUGCAAGUCUGGACAACACAGAAUCCAUCACGAAGAACUAUAAGACUCCGCAUCUGGUCGAGUUUGUUCCGGCAGAGAAGGGCUGCAGGGCAGAUGUGAACUCGCCCGCCGCCAAGGCUGCCAACAGGUGGGCCAAGGUGUAUGUAUCUCCUGAGUGUAUCAACUUCAGGAGCAUAGUCCACCAGAUAGGGCACGCCAUGGGGUUUGGCCACGAGCAUCAGCGAAUCGAUCGGGAUUGCUAUGUAAAAAUAGAUCCGAAAUUGGAAUUCCAUCCGCUGCUCAAUAAGGUCAAUGCUAUAGAUAUUUCCUUCCCUUACGACUUGUACAGCUCUAUGCACUACCGGCGUUCCGAUUAUAUAAAGUACGCUCGUGAAGGAGAAAGAGACGCUGUGUUUAUAGGAAGAUACGAUGAUACUCUGAGUGGCUUAGACAUAGCAAAGAUCGAGUACAGAUAUUGUGGAGCGAAGCACUUUUGCGACAGACGGGCUGGAAGUUGUCUGCCUAAGGACAAGAACGGCUGCUCUUUCAAACCCUAGUUUAAUUUCCUAUGACAACAAUUAGACACUUUUUUCUAAAUCGACCGCUUCCAUAUAGGGGUGAAUUAUGGAAGUAUAUUCCAAUUGCUAAUUACAAUUUACGAAUUCACUGAAGUUUAGAAUGUGUUACUCAUCGGUUUAAUGUCAGAACACAAUCAAAUUGUCACAAAUAGGAGUGGAUAAUAGUUCAAAUAUUAAUCUAACUUGCUUUAAUGCAGAAAUAUACAGACAAUUUAGAGCAAUCAUAGCGAUAAUAUGGGAUUCAUUCUUGACAGGUUCGAGGGCCAAACCAGUUCACUUGCCAUUGCAAAAAAGGCUAGUAACAUAAUCUGGUUACAGCGGUUAUUGUAUAAAAUUAAAUUUUUGGUUUAAAGUACUCUAAAUACGGAAGCACAUAGUAAACUAGCACAAUCAAUAUAAACAUGUUAGUUUAAUUAGAGUAAACGUAUUGUUCCAUUUUUUCAAUCAUUACAAUAUUACAACUUUGUUUCAUUAGGAAAACCUAAACAAUUCUGCAAUUAUUUAAAGGAUUAUUUUUAUUUAGAUUAUCGGGACUAAUACUUUGUGGAUAAAAAAGUAUUGUUGGUUAAAGUGGUUCAUUAUAAAAUUUUGAAAUUGAUGUCCUAUAAAUAUGACAUUAGUAGGAAAUGGGCUUUAUCUCUUCACAAACACAGAAAGAAGAGAUACAAGCACAAAAUAUUAGUUUAAUUGCUAAAGUUGUAAAUAAGUUAUAAGAAUAAAUAGUUAUUCCGUAAAUAUUUACUUAAGAAUGUAUUAUUCAAUACUUAUUGCAAUGUAUAAUUACGUAAUUAGGAAUUAAUUCAGUAAUAUCAGACGUAGCUUUAUGAUGGAAUAGAUUAAAGUAAAUUUAUAGUUAUUUACUAUCUCUAACUUUGUUUAAUGGCAUUUAAAUUUUAUUAAAUAUAUUGGAUUAAUGGUACGAGUUUUGUUGUGAUCAAAGUUUGUGUAAAUUUCAGUUCAUACUAUUUUUUAUUUAUUUAGGCCUUCAAUAAAUUUAGUAGUUAUUAAUAAAAUAUUAAUAAAAUAAUUUUAAUUUUUAAUAAUUAUAACUGUUCAUGUUUGUCAGAUUGUAUUUAAUUUGACUGUACACAGUUAAACUCUUUUGUAAUGAUUGGCUGAGCAUUAGCAAAACCUAUUAUUCGUGAGGCUGAACAAAAACGUUUCUCACUGUCACAUGAAUGUCUGUGUACGCGUUUCCUCGAAACGAACUAUCCUAUGGACUUUAAAUUGUGGAUGACGUUUCAUUUCUGUAUGAGGGACACUACAUUCGAUGAUAGGGCAUGUCACUUAAUGGGAUCUGGCUGAGCGUUAGCGAACAUUUUUUCAUUGGUCUUAUAUGGAAUCAUGAUUGCAACAAGAAAAUGUCUUAAUAAAAAAAUGUGUAAACAAAUUCAAAACACCUGUAAGGGAUUAAAAACAUGUGAACUAUUAUUAACACAUCCCAACACAUUGAAACUAUAUGUGAAGCGACUUAGUGUGUAGACUUUUAUUAAACACUGAUAUGAAUCCCAAUUUAAUGAACAAAAAUCUGAAUGUACCAAAAAUAAUGAUAUAUCAGGAAAGAUUUCAUAUGUAGAAAUUACGCGUGAACAUUUUCUACAAGAAUGAUUGCUAUGAUGGGUCAUUUUACCUCUUAUUUUGUAUGAUUAUCUUUCUGUCUAUCUGUUCGCAGACAUUUCGAAAAUUAAAUGAGAUAGAUUUGAAAUGUUGUACGAUUAGAAUUACUGCGAUGCUUGUUACGACAUGUGGCAUAUCUUGUAUAUCCUUUGAAGGAUCAGAGAGGCUUUAAACCAGGAAUAAAGGUUGAACAUAGUACAUACAAAUAAUAUAAGUGCUUUGUAAGGAAUAUGAUAAAAUGUUUCACGAAAAGGCAAGGAUUUCGGUCAUGUUUUAAAUACCCGUACAACAACCUAGCUAAGAUAUCCACUUCCUGCUGAGACAGCUGGCUUAAAAGCUUUUAGCUUUCAUCCUAAUGGUUUUGGUGCUAAUGUUUCCACUUCCUUAUUUCCAUUUUAGUGCUCCGCUGGUCUGCGCCUAUAAUGUGUUCUUUGAAAUUUAAGUACAAUUAAACAAGGUUAUUACAGA